AUGGACGAUGGUGCUGCAGCCACAGGGAUUGUUGCUGGUGUGAUUGUCAUCCUGGCGAUGGCUGCAAUGAUCUUGUUCAGAUUGAAGUAUCGAUUGAAGUAUCGAUCCAAGAAACAGGGACUGCACGCUGGACGUAUCCGUCGCCACAACUAUGCUGAUAGUUGGCCUACCGGUGAGGACUAUCGAUGUGAUCCGCGGACUUUGUCGCGCCGAGCCAAGGCUAACACUGUAUGUGGUAGAAAGGUCAAUCAAUAUGCCAUGAAAGACCUGGAGGCAAAUCGUCCGUCUGCACGAGGAGAAGUCGAUCCGUGGCUGCUUGGAAGCAAGGUGACUCUGCAGCCGAUUGAGCCGGCUAGAGUCAACCCGAACAUCCAAGCACGAGAGGGUGACAUCUUUUUCGCGCCGCGCCAUGGUGGGAUACGAGGUGGUCAGAGUUGGGUGUGA